UAAAUAAUUUGGUUAUAAUUAAGCGCAUUUUCUUUACAUUCUAUUAGUUGUUUUGUUGUUUAUUGGAUUUAGAUCGGUUCCCCCAGUACAGUGUCCAUGUCUGCAUAUUGCAUUUUUGGGGGAUUAAAUCAAAACAUAGAAACUGGAGUUGACUUUUCCAGUGAUAUCUGGCAACCAUGAGUUUAAUUGAAGUGAAUGCACUGUCAGAGUUAGCGAAGAGAGUGAAGGAGAGCAGCAGUGUACUGUAUGUUUGCAGACUGAACAGUUUCUACUCUUGAUUAUGAUUGGUGAGGAUUUAUUUAAUAAAGAAGUUUGAAUUGCACCCAAUCUUGUAGCUUUAGCAUUAGUAUUAAUUUACUCUGCCCGAUACCGCUGUGUCUACACGAGCAUGUCGCAGGUUCAGGUCAUUUUGGGUGAUCGAUAAAAGAUGGUGGUUUGUGAGAUCGGGAAGUUGAGAGAAGCAGAUGAUGUACAGCGUUACUCUCAUCAUCAUAAUGGUUUCUCUGCAGUAUUUCCACACUUGUUCGGUUGACUGAGGAGAUGAAAAGCAGUGUGAAAGUAACUGUUAGGCGGUGUAGAUGCAUUUUGGGCUUCCUGUAGUUUUUAUCCCGACUGUAUUAUUCAACUCCGAACAGGUCACUUGCACCCGUGCGCCUAAAUAUAUUUUUCACAGUCGCACAAAAAUACUUUCAGUCGCAGAUGUGAGUGAAAAGGUCUCACUGUAGAGCCCUGUAACUUCAUAUUAAUGAACACAACAUUCUCCAUUUACCCUGACAGAAAGUCAUCUGACAAAUAGUCAACUGUUUGAUCAUUAACUUUUGUUCAAACAAUAGAUGGUCUGUGUUUGUUUGACACAAAACUGUUAAGCCUUUUUGUAUUUCAAAUUUAAUACACUUGCAGCUGUGUGGAGGCGUUUUUGUUUUAACUUGACUAACUCAUGACAACUUUACCAACUUACACCAUGCCUGGUUUGAAUCUGUCUGCUGCAUGUGUGCUCUUGUCAGAAACAGGGCCGCUGAAUCAUUGCAGCUUCCACAGAAUGGAACAAAAGAGGGAGUCAUGGGUAUUGUUUGAGGCACUGGCUUCAUUUUCUAGUUCAACACACAACUGAAGACUUGACAUACGGGACCUAAACAGGUGCCUAGGCUUCCACUGUGCCAAAGACCCUCCCUGGACUCAAUAUAUAAUCUUGUGAGUCAGACUUAUAGCAUUAGGUUUUUUUUUGUUUUUUUUUUUGUUAAACCUAUCUAAGAACCACCUACUUCUCACAGUAAGGAGUCAUUUGACGGGCGUUGCAAACAGUAAUCCCCUUUUACUUGUAUUUUCAACUGUUUCAUACACGCUCUCCAGUAACUUUCAAUUCAGCGACUAUAUGAAAACCCAUUGUGGUGUUCACACAUAUUUUCUAGUCGGAAACUGGUGUAAGGUUAGGAUGCAAAUGUAGAUGUACAGAAGGAUGUGGCUUGUUAUGGAGAACACUCCAGCAGACACGAUGUUCGUUAUCAAUGUGCUCAGUGACAUGAGUAUUUCACUUGUGUCACUGAGUACAUUGAUAAUGAACAUCGUGUCUGCUGGAGUGUUCUCCAUAACAUUACUACCUGCCUUUUGUAUUAUAACCAGUGCUCUUGGUCAAAAGCUUUAACACGCAUUUAGUUUAUUUGCAGUAGGCCUGUGAGAUUGUAAUGUAUGCCAGUGUCCUAUUGUGCCUAUCACCAGUUGAUGGUAGUAUUAAUAGUAUUGUUUGUGGCUUUGAGAAGGGAAAAGAAUGGCGCGUGACCAUAUUAUACUGUAUGUAACAUGUGUCAUUUACACUUUACAUCAUUAAAAGGGAGGGAAAAAAAUACCGCAAGCUGGCUUUGAAUUUGGUUAUAGGUGCAAUCACUAGCAUUAGCAUUUAGACACGGGUGUUUUUUUGUUUGUUUUUUUUUGGUGGUGGUGGUUUUUUUUUUUUUUUUUUUUUUGCCUUAAUUACUUAAAAAUUACAUCCAGUGCACCUGCUUGUACUCUGUGUAUGGAGAUACUUGUAUCGUGAAGUUGCCGUGAUGAACAACAUGUCAUGCUCUUAAUUUAAGUCUGGUUUCAUGUUUUGGGAGUGAAAACAUUCGUUUUAUCUGUUUGGCAGCAUGGACAAGGGAGGCUAAGAUGCAUCAGAGAACCAAGUCAGACAGCAGGUUUUGGAUCGUGUAGCAUAGAAAAUAGGCUGAAAGGAAACCUGUAUUACGAGAGAACACAAUUUAUUUUUGUGCAGCUGCAGACCCCAUGUUUUCUGGCAGACACUUAAAUCGUUCAACUUGAUUGCGAUCUCAGUAGUUGGAAUGUAUCGGCGAUUCCCAAAUAUGAUCGUCAAUCACCAAACCUAAUUUACAAGGCCAUGUUGUUCACAUUAUGUAAUAAUGUAUAACUUGGCCAUGACUACUAUAACUAGGAUUUGCAUAGUCAUACUUGAGAGUUUAGAUCACGUAUCUCAUUAUUUAGAUCUUUUUGUUUUUGAACAGCUGUUGUAUUCAAGUUAAAUUAUUGUAUCCUGUACUUUCUGUUAGUUUCUCUAACCAUGACCCAAUGAUUUAUAAGACCUAAUCAUGUGACCACAAGCAGCCUCAUCUCAUCACUGGAAAAGUGCGUUGGUGGUGGCAUAGUGCCGGAACCCCGCUUGUGCAUCCACACAGGGAUUACCAGCGUGUUACCGGUCUCCAUUCAUGCUUGCCGAUCAGCCGCUUUUAUCAGCAUCAAUCUGACACUCUGUUUACCUGACGCUGCACUCCGUUCUGCUUGGCUAAGAGAAAAGCUCACAAAAAGUCCCCAUCCAUCAGCACUUUUCAUUGUUGGGUCAGGGGAGUGGUUUUUAGUGGUUCGUCCAACCCUGGCCCAAUUAGCAGACCCUGCACCGUUAGCUGCUAAAGACUGUGUUAAUCAGAGUGCUGUGUCUUUUUACCCCAUGUUGAUUUGAGUUUGUUGUCUUCAGGUACUGUUUUUUGCGUUUUUGUUUUUCCCCUCAGAGAGUCCUGCUCAGCCUUAAUGAAGUCAGCUUAUAGUCUUCUCUCCCAGCCCCUUCGAGCUCUCUGUUUACAACCACUGAAUCUUGAACACUUUACUUAACAGGCCCUUCCUGUGGCAUUGUCGUCAUUUGUACAUGACAUCAAAGCUGCGUUGUGUGGAUUUGGUUUUUACUGUUAAGGCUUUGUACGUGAACUCGAAGCUUUCCUGUUGCUUUUCGCCGUGGCUUCGUGGAGAAGCAGCCGUGGAUUUGUGUUUGAGAAAAUGGCUUCGUUUAAGCUGGACUUUCUGCCAGAGAUGAUGGUGGACCACUGCAGCCUGAACUCAAGUUCAGUAACCAAGAAGAUGAAUGGGACACUAGACCAUCCAGACCAGCCUGACAUUGAUGCUAUAAAAAUGUUUGUGGGUCAAAUCCCUCGUUCCUGGUCAGAAGAGCAGCUGAGGGAGCUCUUUGAACCCUACGGUGCCGUCUAUGAAAUCAACGUCCUCAGAGACAGGAGUCAGAACCCCCCCCAGAGCAAAGGUUGUUGUUUCAUCACAUAUUACACACGCAAAUCAGCAUUAGAAGCACAAAAUGCCCUUCACAAUAUGAAAAUUCUUCCAGGGAUGCAUCAUCCCAUUCAGAUGAAGCCAGCAGACAGCGAGAAGAACAACUUGGUAGAAGACCGAAAGCUGUUUAUUGGGAUGAUCUCCAAGAAAUGCAACGAAAACGACAUUCGGCUCAUGUUCUCCCCCUACGGUCAGAUUGAGGAGUGUCGCAUUCUCAGAGGACCUGAUGGACUGAGCCGUGGUUGUGCCUUCAUCACAUUCACAGCCAGACAGAUGGCACAGUCUGCCAUUAAAUCCAUGCACCAGUCACAGACCAUGGAGGGCUGUUCAUCCCCAAUCGUGGUGAAGUUUGCAGACACACAGAAGGAUAAGGAACAGAAGCGCAUGACCCAGCAGCUGCAACAGCAGAUGCAGCAGCUCAAUGCUGCCUCCAUGUGGGGAAAUUUAACUGGCCUUAACUCGCUAGGCCCACAGUACCUCGCACUUUAUUUGCAGCUCCUGCAGCAAUCCGCAUCCUCGGGGAGUGCUCUCAACAAUCUCCACCCCAUGUCAGGUCUGAAUGCCAUGCAGAAUCUGGCUGCAUUGGCAGCAGCGGCGAGUGCCACUCAGGCAACUCCAAGCGGCAGCAGUGCACUGACCACGUCCAGCUCACCACUCAGUGCGCUUACUAGCUCAGCCGGUUCCUCUCCCACCUCGAGUACUAAUACAUCUGUGAAUACCAUGGCUUCUCUGGGUGCGCUGCAGUCUCUGGCUGCAGGUGCUGGUGCUGGCCUCAACAUGAGUUCACUAGCAGGUAUGGCUGCGUUGAAUGGUGGCUUGGGCAGUGGAGGCCUUUCUAAUGGCUCCGGCAGCACUAUGGAGGCAUUGACACAGGCAGCUUACUCGGGGAUCCAGCAGUAUGCAGCUGCCGCCCUACCCAGUCUUUAUAACCAGAGCCUACUUUCUCAGCAGAGCAUCAGUGCUGCUGGCAGCCAGAAAGAAGGUCCAGAGGGUGCAAAUCUCUUCAUUUAUCACCUGCCACAGGAGUUUGGUGACCAGGACUUGCUUCAGAUGUUCAUGCCUUUUGGCAGUGUUAUCUCUGCCAAGGUUUUCAUAGACAAACAGACUAACCUCAGCAAAUGUUUUGGCUUUGUGAGUUACGACAAUCCCGUUUCGUCCCAGGCGGCCAUUCAGUCAAUGAACGGUUUUCAGAUCGGAAUGAAACGACUGAAGGUUCAACUGAAACGAUCCAAAAAUGACAGCAAGCCAUAUUGAGUGCUUUUACUCUGAAAUGGACUUGGUUUGAAAAUGUGUUUCUGAUAUCUUCGUGCCCGUUUGUUCAUCGUUUCCCUAGCAUGUCGAUGUGACGUCAAAAGUUCAUCGUCCAGUCCGUUGUCCUCUUCGCUUCUCUGACGCUUGAAAUUUUUCACCCUUGACCUUUUUUUGUUAACUUUUGACGCUUAGUGGUUACUUAUUUUGUUUGUUUUGUGUGGUGUUCAUUUCUGUUUGUGCUGCCAAUAGGGGGCACUAGAAAGACUGCUGUUAUUAACUAAAAUGUAAAAAGUUUCUUGAAUAUUGUUCCGAACAGAGUCUAUUUUUCUAGAACUUGCAAACAUAACCACUAGAUUGUGCAAAGGCUUUUAAUUUUCAUUGUUUCAUUACCCAGUUUAAAAAAAAAUUUUGUUUAGCCAAUUUUAUUUUUUGUUGUUUUAGAGCAGUCUUUCUAGUGCACUCAGUUUUACUCAUUUGUUUUCCUCUAAAAGCAGCCAAUCCAUUUAUAGAAUCACUGUGUGUGUGUGUGUGUGUGUGUGGGUGUGUUUUUCCUCUUUCUCUCACUUGUUGUACACCUUUUUAGGGUUUUCUGCAGUCACAUUUUGCUGAAACUGAGGAUAACCUUGUAAUAUUGUGGUAGGUUAGUUGGCAUGAUUUUUGAUGGCAUAAUUUUGGGAGUUCCUUAACAGUGUGACAUUACAAUAGACACUUGAAUUGCUUUUCUUCCUUUUUCCAUUUAGUGUGUCAAGAUACCAUAGGCACAUGUUUUUCUUUUUUUUUUCUUUUUUGUGUGAAUCAGGAUUAGUCUGAAAUAAAUAAAAAAAAAAUGCAUAAAAUUAGCAAAAUUGAGUUUCUUGUCACAGUUAGUAUAUAUAUAUAUGAGUAUGCAUGUUUUUUUGUAACUGCACUGACAUCCUCAGCAAAAUGUGAUUUAGUUCUGUUAAAAAAAAAAAAAGACAAAAUUAUAAAAAUGAAUAAAAUGGUGCCAAAAGUUUUGCAUGUUGCUGUUGGUCACAUUUUAUGUAUUUUUCAUGUCUGUCUACUCUUCCAAUGUGGUCCCAUUUUAAUAAUUGAUUUUAAAUCUAGUCAUAAACACGUGUUGAAACCAUGUUUGAAAGUGAAGUUUGUAGAUGGACUUUAUAAUGAUCGACCCAGUCCUUGCAAAUUUCAGCUGUUCUGUUCAGAAAUUUUGUCUCAUGUUGAAUGGUUGGCAGAAAGCAUCUCAAGUUUCCCACAAUCUGGCAAAUCUGUUAAAGUUUCAGGUCUUUGUCAUGGUCUAGCCACACCCCUCUUUUGUAGUACUGCCUUUACCGUGUCUUCUAUUUGAAGAGUAAAACCUUCUUUCCAUAAUAAGGCUUCCCCCACCCUUUCCUAAUUACAAACUAUAUUUGGGUUGUUGUUGUUGUUGUUUUUUUUAAUAUAUAUCAAAUUGCCCUCUUUUGAAAAUUUGGCACCCUGUUUUCAGUAGCUUUUAUUUCAACAGUAGAUUGCUAGCAAAAAAAAAGACCUAUUGUUGGCGAAUUGGGAUUAACGUUGCAAAUUUUGGCAUUUUAUAUCUAGAUUUUAAGCUGCUGUUUGUUUAAAUGUACUCUGAAAAACUUACCUGUGGGAUGUUUGUCAUUAUUGGUACAGAGUGAUUGUAUUUAAUAGUAAGAAAUUGUACAGUUUUUGCCUUUUUCUACUUCCAAGUUCUGUUUCGCAAUGUGAAAUUUGAAAUCCUAAUAAGUGGAGCCAUGUAGAACUUGCCACCAUGACCAAACAUAAGUCUAAAAACAAAUUAAUUAAGUAAUUCUAUGAAGCAGCCUUCAGUUGAAUUAAAAGCUGAUUAUUAUUUUUUUUUUUUUUCUUUGUCAUUUAAGUUAUGGUUUUCACUGGAAUUGUAGAGUGAGGAUUUCAUUAGAUGUCUAGAGGAGUGUUAUUUCUGAAUGUUUUCUGUUGAGGUUUAUUUAAAUUGUGAUGGAAGUUAAAAUUUUCAUGCUACUGUCUCCACAGAAGUAUAGCAACGUGCAUACAACGCGAAGUCAUUUUGUAGUUUCUUUGGUCGGGUUGUUUGUCUGAUUAAACUGAAAAGAUUCACACCC